UAUGAUAGAAAUGAAUAAGUGAAACACAGCAUAACCAAAUCUGUAGAAGAAGAAGAAGAAGAUGGAGAGGAAUAGAAACAGAGGAAGAGAAGAAAACGAGAAGGAAUCCGAAGGCGAUGAACAACGGUACAGCGUCGACCUUCUCCGAAACUACUCCACACAGGUUUCCUUCAGCUUCCGCCACUCCCAAUCGCAAUCGCACGAAUUCAUCAUCCGCCCCGAUAACAGGUGGUACGUCGCUUGGUCGAAUUUCAUCCUGAUAUGGGCAAUCUACUCCUCCUUCUUCACGCCGCUCGAAUUCGGCUUCUUCAGAGGCUUACCGGAGAAUCUCUUCCUCCUAGACGUCGCCGGCCAGUUCACCUUCUCCGUCGACAUCUUCGUCUCCUUCUUCGUCGCCUACACCGACGCACACUCUUACUGCCUCGUCUACGACCGCCGCCUCAUCGCCGCGCGCUACCUCAAAUCUCGAUUUCUCAUCGAUCUUCUCGGAUGCUUGCCCUGGGAUCUCAUCUACCGGAGGUGCGGCGAAAAGGAGUUGGUGAGGUAUAUGCUGUGGAUCCGGCUGAGCAGAGCGGUUAGGGUUACAGACUUCUUCGAGAAGAUGGAGAAGGACACACGUGUGAACUAUCUCUUCACACGAAUCGUAAAGCUUUUCGUGGUGGAACUCUACUGCACGCACACAGCCGCUUGCAUAUUCUACUAUCUAGCAACGACUCUUCCUGCUUCGGAAGAAGCUCAUACAUGGAUCGGAAGCUUGCAGUUAGGCGACUACAGCUAUACAAACUUCCGACACAUUGAUCUCUGGACGCGUUACAUAACCGCGCUGUAUUUCGCUGUCGUCACCAUGGCAACCGUUGGUUAUGGUGAGAUCCACGCUGUGAACACGAGGGAGAUGAUAUUCGUGAUGCUGUACGUGUCGCUGGACAUGAUCCUAGGCGCUUACUUGCUGGGCAACAUGACGGCGUUGAUCGUCAAAGGGUCUAAAACAGAGAGGUUCAGAGAUAAGAUGGCGGAGCUUAUCAAAUAUAGCAGCAGAAACAAGUUAGGUAAGAGCAUAGGGAAAGAGAUGAAGGGCCAUGUCCGGUUGCAGUACGAGAGCAGUUACGCCGACGCCUCUGCUCUUCGGGAUCUCCCACUCGCUCUGCGAGCUAAGAUUUCGAACAAGUUGUACGAACCUAAUAUCAGACAAGUUCCUCUGUUUAAGGAUUGCUCGGAUGGAUUCAUCAAGAAAAUAGCGAUCAAAGUGCACGAAGAGUUCUUUCUUCCGGGAGAAGUGAUAGUCGAAGAGGGAACCGUCGGCGAUCAGCUUUAUAUCCUUUGUGAUGGCAAACUGGAACAAGUAAGAAAUCGGGAAGACGGGGAGGCGGAAGGAUCUGUUCCGGUGCAGUACAGUUCAAUAGGCGACAUCUCCGUUGUGUGCAGCAUCCCAGAGGCGCGGACAGUCCGCGCCUCCGAGCUGUCGAGGCUGCUGCGAGUGGACAAGCAAGCUCUCAUACAAGUCAUCCAGAUACACUUCGCAGAUGGGCGCAUUAUCAUCGACAAUCUGCUUCGCGGAAGAGAGCAUCAUCUUCGGAAGAAGAUACUGGAAUCCGACAUGGUUGCGCAGAUCGAGAAAUGUGAAUCGGAGGUGGCGAUGAGGUUGAACUGUGCGGCUAACGACGGCGAUCUGCACCGGCUGCGACGUUUGGUGGAAGCGGGAGCAGAUCCCAACAAAGUAGACUACCAUGGACAAUCGCCUUUGGUAAUGUUUAAAUAUAUAUAUAUAUAUACAUACACUGCAGAUUUCGAUCAACUUUUUUGGGAAAGAGUCUUAUCAUGCAUGGUUUGUUGCCUCUUGCAGCAUCGCGCUGCGGCGAUGGGGUAUGAAGACAUCGUUCAGUUCCUCAUUCAGAUUCACGCCGACAUAAAUCUCCGCGAUAACUUUGGGAAGACGCCGUUGUUUGAGGCGAUCAAGAAGGGCCACGGUGGCGCGGCGUCUCUGCUGGAAGAAGCCGGCGCGGCGGCACACGUGGAGGGCCCCGGGAUAUGUCUGUGCGAGGCUGUUGCGAGAAAUGAGUUGGAUUUUGUUGCAAGGCUUUUGGCAAAUGGAAUGAAUCCCAACUCCAAGAAUUAUAAUCUUCAGACACCUCUGCACGUGGCUGCUGCAGAGGGCUUGUUUGAAGUGUCUGUUUUGCUCUUGCAAAAUGGGGGCAGCGUCAUCGCAAGGGACAGAUGGGGAAGGACUCCAUUAGAGGAGGCUCGAGUAGGAGGAGAUCAUAAACUAGUUCAGUUGUUGGAAGAUGCAAAGCGUCGUCAUCAGAUGUCGGAUUUUUCGGGUUAAGGGGUUUGAGACAAUGGAGGAUUAUUGGAGAAUGGAGGGAAAGUUGUAUUUACCCAAUUAAUUAACCAAUAAUUAACUUAAUUUUAGUGAAAGUGGGCUAAGCCGGCGAUGCUAGUUCAGAAACAGCUCA